AUGGAGGAAGGCGGCGGCGGCGGCGGCGGCGGCGCGGGGCCGGCAGCGGGGCCAGGCCCGGGGCUGGGCCCGGCGGUGGCGGCGGCGGGGGACGGCGGCGCGCUGGGCUGCCUGCACGUCCUGUGGCAGCGGGACGAGCCCGCCGGCAAGAUCCCGGCCCGCCGCCUGCGCAGGGCCGCCCGCCUCCACCGCCGCCUGGGGCCUACGGGCAAGGAGAGCCACGCGCUGAAGAGGCUGCGCGAAGCCGCCAACGGGAACGAUUUGGAUACAGUGCAGCAACUCCUGGAGGAUGGAGCCGACCCCUGCGCUGCAGACGACAAAGGCCGGACAGCCCUGCACUUCGCCUCCUGCAACGGCAACGACCACAUCGUGCAACUGCUUCUGGACCACGGCGCUGACCCAAACCAGAGGGACGGGCUGGGGAACACUCCCUUGCACCUGGCUGCCUGCACGAACCACGUUCCUGUCAUCACCACGCUGCUGCGCGGAGGGGCCAGAGUCGACGCCUUGGAUCGAGCUGGCAGAACCCCGCUGCACCUCGCUAAAUCGAAGCUCAACAUCCUGCAGGAAGGGCUCUCCCACAGCCUGGAGGCCGUACGCCUCGAAGUGAAACAGAUUAUCCAGAUGUUGCGGGAAUACCUGGACCGCCUGGGGAGGCACGAGCAGAAGGAACAGCUGGACGACCUCUGCUCGAAGUUACAGAUGACCAGCACAAAGGAGCAGGUGGAUGAGGUUACGGACCUCCUCGCCAGCUUCACGUCACUCAGCCUGCAGAUGCAGAAGAUGGAGAAGAGGUAACGGGCUUCCGACCCACGUCUCUGACCCAGAAGGAGAAGCCCUAGAGAAGAAGGCGCGCUUCGCAGACUGAUGAAUGAACGUUGCCGCCCCUGGCCGUGCCUGCCAGAUCCGCGCUCUGGCUGGUGCUCGGACUGUCCCCGUGGCUGCCUCAUGGGGAGGCUGCGGGGUUUGGACAGCAGAGUUCUGCAGCUGAGACUUUUGGGGAAGGAAAAAAAAAAAAAAAAAAAAAAAAAAAAGAGCUGUUCUUUUUGUCAGAUGGGCUGGCACUGAGUAGGAUACCCCUCUCGGAGGUAUUCUGCCUUGUCCUAAGCACUUAGCUCAACGCAGGUCGGUGCUGGUGGCACGGGCAGUCGCCAGCCAGCUCAGCUCACUGCUGGCCACCUCACUCAGCUGCUGGCCACCGUCACAGACCUGCCUGGAACAGGCAUCUUUUGCCACCACCGCAGUACCAAACAGCGUGGGGGGCGGGAAGUGGGCGCCUCGGACGACAGAAGGCUUUGUGCUGUGAGAAUUACAUGCACUUUAGUCUGCAUGGUAGCAGCUGAGCAAACAUACUGCCUUCAGAAACGCGCACCCAAGCUUAAUCCUAACUGUCCCCAGAGCCUGCAGUCAGAGGGCAGAGAAUCUGGCCGGUUACGAUUGGGAUACAAAGCUUUUAAUCAAACUAGCAGGUUCCUCUGGGCACGGUGUAUAAAUCACUGCUGAAAGUUAAUGCUUAAAUACUAGGGUGAAUCACCUGUGAAGGUUACCCAGGUAGACAGUUAGCGGGUCAGGGUUGCCCCGAUGCAAAGAUAAGGUUUAGGGGAUGACUUAAUAUUAGCGCGGUUUUAGGCAGCCGUCUGCAUCUUGUAAAAAAUCAAACCAAAACCAAAACAACAAAAACCCAGCGUAACUGACUUUUCUGUUUCCUGCUACUGGCAGUCUCGGGCAGGAGGUCCAGCAGCAAGAGGAGCUGCUGUGUAUUCAGCCAUGUCGUCGGGCUGGGGUGAAGGUGGAUUUAACCCCAACCCAGAGCUGACACCCAGGCUUGCUUGUCGUAGAGACACGCUGCUCCCGGGUCUUAAGUUCAUUUUGAGGAAUAAGUUGAGACUUCUGCCCAGGGUGAUGCCGCUAUGAAGGAUGCAGGGAAUUGCCCUUGCUGCUCUGCCCCGCUGUGGUUAGUAAUGAAGACAUGGGUUGAUUUGGUUUGAAGCGGAGAUGUGUGAAAUCUCAUAGGUAGGGCAUGGACAGCAGCAGGGUGACGAGAACAUGCCCAAUAGUUCCCACCUGUGCAGCACACCUAAAUGAGGAGGUGUGCUGGUAGCAAUACCCACCCCACAGCUUGGGGAUUGCUGGUUUGGAGUGUCAGUUCUUAGGAUUCAGCUUAACCGGGUAACGGCCGCAGCCUGGAGCAUUCCUCAGAGACAUCUUCUCUAACACCUGGCCUCCUGUCCAGGAAAAGGACCUCAAAGCUGAGAUACCAGAAUACGCAUUGCUUUUAGAUGGGGUCAUCCGCUGGUGCUGGAAGCCACGGUUAAGACACAGCAUUGUGGUAGGGCUGGAGCUGUCACUGUGAAUAACGUUACUUUGUUAGGAUGUGCUGGAAGGGAAGGAUGCGGAGGGGGUGGGAGACAAUCUGACCUUUUUGUAUUUUGAACUUCAAUAAAAUCCUGUGAGCGUUUUUUGGACUCCUC